AUGUCAUCUUCCCCAAACAACCCUAAGAACCGCUCAGGCUACCUCAUCCCACCAUGGAAGAUGCGUCCCUGGCUAAAAUGGCUGGGUUGGCUUAACCCCCUGCUAAUCCCCUGCUUCUUCACCUUCAUCGUGUCCUUCUGCGGUGUCGCCGUGCCCUACCAGGCUAUGACCCAUUUCUGGAAAUGGUGGAUGUACUGGCUGACGCCGUUCCAUUAUCUUCUUGAGGGUCUCCUGGGCCUCAUCAUGCAUGAGGCGCCUGUUCGUUGCAUUGAGAGGGAGGAGGCGGUGCGUACGGCUCCGCCUAAUUCGACUUGUGAGGGGUAUAGUUCUUUGCAAGGGAGGCUGGUGGGUAUGUUUAUACUGCAUCUGAUGGGUUGUGUCGGUGUUGUCAGUUUGCUGAUGGGGAUCAGUUUGCUCAAAACUUCAACGUCUCCUACUCGAGUAAAUGGCGUGACUACGGAAUCUUCUGGGGUUAUGUCGUGUUUAAUUUCAUCGUGUUUCUCUUCUCUUGGGGCUAUCUUCACGGCGUCCAGAAAUUGA